AUGGCCUUUGAGUAUUCGGAACAACUCCUCACCCCCGAGAAUAGUCGCUCGGAGACGUCUAGUAACAAUGAAAACGCGUCUACCGAUGACAAGCCAGCGGGACGGCGGAGGUCUACACGUGUAGCACGCGCCUCCCUACGGAGGGAAGCAGAACCCGACGAUGAUAUGGAGGUGGAUAACCAAGACACUUUGUCUACGGCUGGUGACAACGACCCAGCAGUCUCGGGGGUGACUCUGGGCAGCAAUACUGAGAAAGGACAUAGUUCCCAGGCCUCCAGCCUCCGACACAGCAUUGCGGUUAUGGAGUCCUGGAGCGAAACAACGCUGGCACAAGACAAUGUGGACAAUGAAGGAGAUCACCCAAUGGCUCCGGAUACCCCGGUUUCAAAGUCCUCUCAAGAAGCGCCGUCCAGUGGCAUGGGCACGUCCCUGCAACAACGCACUUUACGAAAGCGCAUAGAACGGGUCCUGACUGAAAAGGGAGGCGACAACAAGGGCAAGGUUACGAUAAUGGCCAAAGAGGAAACGAAGUCUCCGGUAAGACGCUCGUCUCGCCUGAGUCUAUUGGAAAAGGCUUCAGAUCUUGUUGGCCGAGCUAGCAGCGUUUUGGGCAAACGCUCGCGUGACGUGAUGGAAAAAGGGAAAGAACUAGGCCGGCGGGCCAGUCUACGACCUCGAAUUACUGCUUUCAGGGAGGAACCAGCCAAGUCUGCCAGCGAGGCUCCUGCGACGAAGAAGAGGCGUGUCUCUGAAAGUGAUCUCCCUACCAAAAUUAAGGAAAUUGAGGAAGCUGCACAGGAAACCCCUAAGCCUGUGACACAGUCCAAGUCAAAGCGCUGGUUAGCUCAUGGAUUAUAUACGGGCCAGCUGUAUACAGAGUCUCGGCCCUUGCAAAAUAGGAAUAAAAACGCAAAGCGGAGAAGCCAAGGUGCCACGCAACGCAAACUGCUCCCAAUGCCAAUGUUUGCAGGAGACCGGUUAUUGAAACAAGGAAGGGACUUUCAGCUGCCUUUCGAUAUCUUUUCACCACUUCCUCCGGGCCAGCCCAAGCCCAAUGAGUGGCGAAAGACGAACAAAAAUGUCUUUGUUGGUGAAGCAUCCAGUAUAUGGAGAGCAAACAAGCCAUUGGAACUGUCCAAGUGCAUGUGUGCGGAAGAGACUGGCUGCGACGAGGAAUGUCAGAACCGUUAUAUGUUCUACGAGUGUGAUGACAGCAACUGUGGAUUAGGUUCCCAUUGUGGAAAUCGGAACUUCGAGGAGCUUAAACAGAGAACUAAAGCCGGGGGUAAAUACAACAUUGGAGUCGAGGUCAUCAAGACGGAAGACCGAGGAUAUGGGGUACGUAGCAACCGAACAUUCGAGCCCAAUCAGAUCAUCGUCGAAUAUACCGGGGAGAUCAUAACGCAAGCGGAAUGUGAGAAACGAAUGAGGUCGCUUUACAAAAAUAAUGAGUGCUAUUACUUGAUGUACUUUGAUCAGAAUAUGAUCAUUGAUGCUACUAGAGGCUCUAUCGCCCGUUUUGUGAACCAUUCUUGCGCGCCUAACUGUCGGAUGGAGAAAUGGACCGUCGCAGGAAAACCACGUAUGGCGCUUUUUGCUGGAGAUCGUGGGAUUAUGACAGGAGAAGAACUGACCUACGACUAUAAUUUUGACCCAUAUUCUCAGAAAAACGUUCAGCAAUGCCGAUGUGGAUCAGACAGAUGCCGUGGUAUUUUGGGACCGCGACCGCGGGAAAAAGAACAGCGUUCCAAGGAGAAAGAAAUGAGGGCUGAGAAUCAGAAGAAAUCCAGUUCGAAGAACACUAAUAAGAAAUCCACAGCUGCAAAGCGAAGAAAUAAGAAGGUGAUGGACGGGUCUACUUCUCGUCUUAAUAAGAAACGGCAGCUUCUUGGUUCACGGUCCAUCAAGUCAAGUGUGAAGAAGGCUGUUUCCAAGGCCACUACAACAUCAAAAACCAGCUCAAAAACGACCGUCAGCUCCAAGGCCACAAGCAAGAAAGCCACAGCAUCAAUCACGAAGCGCCAGGCGAAGAAGGAUGUUAAACUGCCCAAGGUCAAACCCACCAAGGCCAAAGCCAGGGGCCCGGUGCGUGUCCAGAAAUCAGCAAAGACCGCAAAGACCACAAAAGCCUCAAAGACCCAGUCAACUCCAUCACCUUCCGCACUAAGCCGCCCAUCAGAGAAGACCAAAGCGAAGAUCCUUCAGGCUGCAAAGGGGGCGAACCCCCGCAGACGUAUAGUGAAAAAAGAAGGCCCCAAGCCCAAGAGUCCUGCAAAGCGAACUUCCAAAACCAAAGACGCAAGUCCCCGGGCGAAGACAACAACCAAGGCUGUCAAGAAAACUAAGGCAUGA